UGUUUUCCCCUUGGGAGGAAGGGGAGGGGGAGACAGCUGUGUGUCACACCUGACCGCAGGCGGGCGGAGCGGCGGCCCACCUCUGAUGACUCUUACACUCUAUACUACUCUCAGGACAAAUGUAUUCCUUACAAACAGUGUUCCUGACAAUAGUGGCCCUCUACUACGUCAUCACCAGGGGCUUCCCAAGACUUCUUUCCUGGUUUAUUGUAGCCAAGUACCAAACUGAAAUCAAGAUUGGAAGGAUAUCUCUACUUCGACUUAGUUUUGAAGAUGUCCUCAUCAAGAAGUCUGGUCUUAGUAUUAAAGUUGACAGGGUUGGUGCCACUAGCAGCCUUUUUAAUCAAGAAGAAAGAAAAAUUUUUGCCAUUAAAGUACACGACGUUCGGAUUGAAAAGGAGGUAUGUGAUAAACGGAGAAGAGGGACUCGAACAGAAACUGUAAAUAAUACAAGUAUGGAGUCCGCAUAUUCUGCAGCAGGAGCAGACAACUCAUCUACACCAGUGGAGCCACACGUUAUUAAACUUAGAAUUUCACCAUCUGUUGUGACUCUUGCACAGUUCUUUGGAGUGCACAUUAUGAGCGUCAGUGUGAUGUACCUACGAGAGAAGUGGCCAGAAUGUCUUCUUCAUGCUUCAGCUGAGAAAAUAACUUUGGAAGGUGCAACCUUAAACCAGUCUAAUGUAGCUCUGAAAGUGUCCAUAAGUGGAGCUCACUUCAAAGUACUUCAACAUGUUAGUGAAGGAGAUGUGAAGUCAGCAGUGAGAGGUACUGCAUGUGCUGGACAAAACCAAGAUCCUUCACUUAUAGAAUGUGCCAUCUCCCUCAAACUUUCUAUUGAGGCUAAUGCUGAAACAGUAGCAGCAAUGGAAAAUAUCUCGGUGCAUCUUUGCCGACCACAAGUUACAAUACGAGAACGGUUAUUUACAUUCCUGGAGCACAAUGCGCAGGCAUCCACACCUAUAAUCAAUCCGUCGGCUUUGUCUACAAAAAAUAAUACUUCAGUGCAUAAUUUGCUGCACAGAUUCUGGCUAUUUCUUCCCUUGAAAUUUCAGGUAAAAGUUGAAGACAUUGGAAUAAGGUUAAUGAAUAACCUCAGUCAAAUGGCAUUACAAGGAUCUUUGGUUGGCAUCGAUCUUCAGACUCACCUUAAUCGUGAAGGAGGAUUAGAGAACCUGCCAGCCCUUUUGCCAGACUUCAGUACAGAGUUGCAGGUGGACAAUACAAGGCUGCAAUGUAUACACGACUCUUCAAUUUUCCUCAAUAGAUUUAAUCUACAGACACAGUUUGUUGGUGACCGAGUUAACAUGAAGAGUGAAUUUAGAUCUCUCCAUUUAUUGUACGAUCACCGUGACUUAGGGUUAUGGACCACCUAUAUGUCUCGACAGAAGCCUCUACCUCCAGCGUUGUGUUAUGUUCAAGAAUCGAGAAACAAAGAAAAAUCGGGUGCAUGGAAAAUUCUGUUACAUCGGUACUGCAUUGGUAUGAUUGUAGAAAUGUGGGAUGUGAGCUGUGGUGGUUCAGUGCCAGGCUCCUCAUAUGGCCAAACUAGUCUUCAACACGCACGUUUCAGUGCUGCAGUGUCUCAGUGGACUUCACAAGUUGCAGGAGAAUUAAUUCUGGAGUCAUUGGUUUCUACCUUGGGACAAGUACAGCACAGCAUUGCUCCAGCUGUGCUACCAGUUUCAGCCACUACAGCCCCAAGAAGAAUUCAUGUGUGGGGAACACCAGCAUGCAUUGGUCUCUGUCUUCUCCAGCUUUCUUCAGUUCCUGCUAGUAGUGGUAGAAGUAACAAUUGUUUGCCUCCUCUUCAAGCUGAAGCACUAGUUGACAAUAUGCAGCUAGAAUGGAGCCCUGAAUUGGGUUCAUUCAUCACAUCUCUUGUUAGAUAUUCUCAGGAACUUAAAAAGUACCCAAGAAUUAUUACAACCCAGAAAGUAGCUCAUGAGAUGCCAAUUGCUUCUGAAGAAACCUUCAACAGUAUUAGUGUUAAAUGCACUAACAUUAAUAUGUUUGCUGUAACGGAACACAAAGUUUCUUUGAUGGUUCGAGUUGAUAGCCUUGAGAGCCAGAAAUCAGCGAAGAAUUCUAAAACAACAAUAGUGGGAACCAAACUUUUGCGGUUUGUGCCUUCAGGUGCUCAAUAUUCCUGUAUAAAAUCCUCCGAGAUCAAGGGUGAAUGUGGACAAGUGAGUGAGGUGGUUGUGGAGAUGAUCAAUGGAGAAUUGCUGAUAGACAUUAGUGAGCAGCUUCACCUGACCUGGUCUACCACAACCCACAUGACUCUCCUAACAUUAACACAAGAACUGGCUUCUUUCCAUAUGGAUGUCAAACCAGUUCCUGAAAAUGAAGAAGGAUCUGGCGUGGUUACAAAUAAGGAGGAAGCAGAAGAGCAAACUGGCCUUCAACUUCAGUUGAUUGCUAGAGGAGAUAUUCGAGUUGGGGCUGAGCUGUCAAAGCGUCAUCAAAUGUUUUUCAUUCUUGGUGAUCUAACCUACUUGAUGGCUAAUGGCAGAAUAUCCUGUCAGUCAGAAGAACUUCAGAUCCAUUUUGAUGAACACAAAGUAAUGUGUCUAACUGGUGGCAAGCUCUCCCGGGCCCUCCAGUCGAGAGAAAUCCGCGAAGAGCGUGAAUCGAUGCCGGAACUUAGUCAAAAGCACAAUAAGGCAUGGAAAUUAACGGUGGACACCUGGAAGCUAACAUUCUCAUACGAGUUCAAUUUUGCUGAUGCAUUUAGUGAUGAUCUGCUGUCUGUGAUCAAGUGGAUUAAAUUGGUACAUAAUCAUCAGCCAAAGAUCUUCACUGCUGCUAGUCUACUUCCACCUGAUGUAGUUAUAAGGGUACGACGCUGGUUAAUGGAGAUAGGUGAUGAUCCAUUUGAAGUAAAGCUGCGUUACAACUAUGAGCUUUUGGAAGAUGAGUACCAGGAAAGCUGUAAGCGACUCAAAGCCUUGGAUGCCAGGAUAGAUGAACUACGCAAAACCAUGUUUCUCUUUCCAACUGGGAAGAUUGAAGAACUUUACAAAAACCUACAAGAAAAAAACAGCGAGACAUAUAUUAAACGGUCAAAGUUGAUGUACGAGUCAGCCCCAAUGCGCACUCAAUUGUUCACUUGGACAAUGGAAGAUGUGGUUAUCUUUGCCAUGGCUGACCCAUCCUUUCAUGGUACAGACAGAGUGGUACAGCACAUGGUUGAUAUUGAUCCCGAGUCACCCUGGCCUGAGGAGGGACAAGAGUUCUCUACUUUAUGGUGCCGUAUGGUGUCUGCCUCUUGUGCAGAAUGGAAGUUCAGGUUGCGUGAUUAUCCACAAUCCCUUCUUCACAUGAAGGACUUAGAACUGUGGGGACGACUUAUUGGUGCUGAACAGAAGGCCAGAAAGAGAGCAAUAAGAAACGUAAAGGUUGAGGUUGGAACUCCAUGGUCAGAUGUCACAGUAGAACGAACUAUGUCUGCACUCAAGUUCUAUCAUGAUUUUUCCUGUGAAGUUAAAACAUUUACAGCGGCUUAUGGACCAUGCUGGGAACCUGCUGUGGCACAGUUUAACAUUGCAUUAUCUCUGAUCAACCAGCCAUCCCGUGACCCUUCUAUGCCCUUGCCAUGGUGGGAUAAGAUGCGACUCCUCUUUCAUGGGCGUCUGACUCUUAUGGUAGAGCGCAUGACUUUGCUGCUUCAUGCAUCGUUAGAUCCCUAUAACACCACAGAAGAAAUGGAACUCACUUGGACUAAUCUAACUAUGGAUUGGACUAAUGCAAAAUUAAUUUUUAAAGGAGAAUUAAACGUGUUUGUUAGAACGGCAUCCAAGUAUGAUGAUGCCAGACUACUGCAUUUGCCAAACCUUAAGCUAACAGUGAAGAUGAAUUGGCAGUGCCAUGGCAAUCCCAAUGACCACCACUCUGUCAUGCUUUGCGCCCCAGACAAGCUACCAGAAUACUCUAGCAAUCAGGAACACGAUUCUUACAGAGCAUUUCGUUCACAGCACUUGAAUAUGAAUAUUGUCCUUGAAACCAAGACUAUGAAGAAGAAUGAUGCAAUUGUUAAUCCAGUCAUUGAGGCUUUGUUUUAUGGGAGCACUCUCAGAUGGUUUGAAAAUCUGAAAUUUAUUCUGUCUGGGGUUGCUCGGCCUACUCGGCGGGGUCCUCUUUUCAACAACACUAAAGCUCGCAAGCCUCAACUCUCACGUCACUACAAUACAAUACAUCUCUCAAUAUCUUUCCAGAGGUUUGAUGUCAGAUACUGGAUGUCUGUUGGUGUUAAGAAAGGUUUUCACCUCAGUGGGGAGCGGCUGUCUCUUAGUUCAGAGCAUAACUUGGCAUUGAUACCAGUCAACGAUGGACUUCGACAUCGUCCACGUAGCUGCUGGAGUAUUGUCUUUCUUAACACUGAAUUGUGUCAUGCUCAGAUCCGGCUUCAGAGUGUCUUGAAAGAUUAUACAUGUUUUCCCAAUGAAGAACAACAGGAACCUUUAUCUCAACCAGUUGAAAAAUUUUAUUUCUUGAAUGUGAGCAAAGUGGCCUACAUGCGUGAGACCUUGACCUCAACCCCUUCUGGAACUAGCCAUGAUCCAGACCAGCGUGAUACCCCAAAUCACCGCCUUGUUGUAUACGGCCUCAAGGGUGCAUGGACAACCAAUAAUCGUGACAUUGUCUUAGCACUCUAUGACUCCUGGACCAAGUCACAACAGUUGCGUCGUAAUCUCACCCCUGAUAUAAUAAAGAACUACAAUCCAGAGGCUUCAACACCUCAAAAGCCUCGAAGUCGCUCUCUUACUGAUGGCAACACUUCUCAGAGUCUUACUUCCCCAACAGCAGCAUUGCAGGUCCCCCCUGUACAAGCAACACCAUCACCUAUGUCUCGUCUGCAAUCAGGCCAUGCUCAAGCAAUGUUGCAGCAGUUGAUUGCAGAAGCAGACAAUAAUCAGGUGGCCUUCAGCGAGGAUUGCUCAAACACAGAACCCCGAGAUCAGACAUUACAUGGAGUCAAAGCUUGUACAACAGAUGAUGUUAUUCACAAAAGGUGGCUCAUUGAGCUAGUCAAUAGUCAAGUUCUGCUUAAAGGUUGUGAAACACAGGGUUACGUCAUUCUGAGUGCAGCAAAAGCCCAAAUUCUUCAACGUAUCCAUCGCCCCGUCUGGCAAGAUCACUCUCUUGUUACCAAGACCACUUGGUUUGGGUCACUGGAGUGCAUGCAGUACUAUGCUACAGUUAAUGCUGGAGAUAAGGAGACACAAAUGGACAACAUCAUGUGGCUGACGGUGGACAACAUAGAAGAAAAGGAUGGUCAAGUAAUAAAUGAAGUGGCUGAUAUUGUUGGGAGUGGCCAGUCAGUUGGUGGUGUUGUGUCACAGACAGUUGGCUCAAUGGAUGAAAGUGAUGAUGAGCAUCAGCUGCAAAGAAUUGUUUCACGUUGUCAUUGUGAGUUUUAUUAUGUGUCAUAUGGAGAGACUGGCCUUGACUUGUCACUCAUGGAAGAAGUUCAGCCACCACUACCAGAAGACGACUUAUGGAAUCGGAAUGUUGAAGCUGUGGACACCUUCACUCUCAUGCAUCAUGACCUGUGUGCUAGUACUAAUUCCUUACAGUACAAUAUGGUGGUAGACAUACUAAAUAACUUGCUACUGUAUGUGGACCCAAUGAAAAAGGAGGCAACGGAGGCUGUAGCACGAAUGAGGUUUCAGCUACAGCUGUAUUCCAGAGAUGACCAGCGAAAACCUAUAAUUCGGCUUCAAAACCAAGUCAGGUAUCACCUGUCACAACUACGAAGUUUGGAGAAAGAAGUAUACUUGGUUCAGAGACAAUUGGAUAAGGAUCCAAGCAAUGAACAAAAGAGAAAAGAGAAACUUGAUUUGGAGGAGCAAGUAUCAGAGUGCAAAGAACAAGUGAAUAGUCUUAGUGAAGAGUUGGCCAUGAGAAUUCACUGCUACAAUGAGAACCAACUCUCAGCAAAUCAUAAAUGGAUGGCUUUGGGUGGUGAUAAACAGGUUAAGGUGAUACGCAUGAAUGAGGUAUGCUUCAGGAAGGCACAGUGGCGACUGACAGAGGCAGAUGGCCAGCUGGGGAUUGCUGACUUGGUUUUAUCUAAUUUCCUAUAUACUAAGAAGACCAAUGCAGAUGACAGUGGGGAGCAUCUACUGGAGCUAGGCUUUGUAACUAUGCGAAAUCUUUUGCCAAACCAGCCUUAUCAAGAGGUACUAAUGCCAGCUGAGCUGCAGCUGAAUAUGCCAGUUGAUCGACAGAGAACACUAAGAAUAUUUUGUCGUGAAAAGCCCCCGUGUGGAGGGAUCUCAAUUAUAGAACAUUUUGAAAUCAAUGUAGUUCCCCUGAACAUUGCCCUAACGUACCAGUUCUUCAAGACAAUGAUGAAGUUCUGUUUCCCCGAUAAUGCUACAGAAGAAGAAUUUUCUGGUGGGGACAUUACAACAAAUCAAAAUACUCGAGGCAGCAAGAAGCAGGCAUCUCUUAGGAAAUCCCACAAGGAAUCUAGCUUCUAUGUGUCUCUGCAAGAUAAGGAUGAUGUUGAAAUUAUGAAGCAACGUGCAGAACAGAACAAAUUGUUUGUUUACAUCAAGAUUCCGGAACUGCCAGUGCGUGUGAGCUAUAAGGGCAAAAAAGAAAAGAACUUGGAAGAUGUAUCUAACUUCAGAUUGGUUGUUCCUACCCUUGAGUAUCAUAACGUCACAUGGACCUGGUUGGACUUUCUCAUGGCUAUGAAGCAGGACUCCAAGUCAGCUUUGUUAUCACAGGCCAUCAAGCACAAAUUGAAUUUGUCACACUUCCGAGCAGACGAUGCCUCUAUGCCAAAUGAAGAAGAAAAAGCCCGUCUACUACUUGGUAGUAAGUUAAUGCCUCCAGAAUCCAAAGGCACAAAGAAGAGCCUUUUUAAAUUCAACAGAUAGCCAAGCAGGUGUUUUAAUUUGUAAAGGUGACCAAGUGGAUAUGUAAAGGAAAUCUUAAAUGUAAUAAUAAAUAUAUAUUGCAUUGUAUUGUGCAAUAACUCCCAUUUCAUUGUGAUAAGAGUAUUAUAUUGCUUAUUUUAUGGCCUUGAAAUGUAGACAGUAUUAACAUUGCUCACAAUCAUAUUUAGCUCAUUGUUUCUUGUAUUAUCACUAUUUUGCAAUAAUAGUAUCUGUAACCUAACACUGUGUGAGAUAAAUCAACAAGUUCUUUCUCGAAUGUUCCAAGACACUAUGUUAUGUUAUUAUAUAAAUUAAGUAAUAUUUUUACACUAGUUACCAACCAUUUAAUAGAUUCUUCACCCAUUCUUCAUCCAGAUUCAUAUUAAUUUCAUAUUUUAAUUUAUCAUGCAUUUAGAGUUGUCUUAUAGAUUUCAUAUAAAUCUACUAAUUAAAUAAUUUUGUUAAAUAUUAAGAUAAAGAUUUCAUUAAAAGUUUAAAAAGGCUUUGUCAUGUUUUUUAUAAAUAUUAAAGCUGUAUAUUGUUUAGCUCCUGCACUGUGCCAGCCAACAUAUUAAGGGGUGUGGUGGUGGUGCACCAGCCCACAUGUGAUCAUGUUAGUAUAUCAGAAGAUUCGAAACUCCAAUUAAUACAAGUGGCUCACAUAUGAUUCCUCAGGCCUCCAGUAACCAUCCCCCAUAUUGAAAAAAAUCCAGAGCCCCUCACUUUUCUUCUAUGGCCCUAGUAACAUGGUCUGUCCUGUCUUGAGUAUUGCUCGGUGCUCACUUCCCCUUUCACACCAGCAGAGAUCUCUGAAUUAGAGAGAAUACAGAAAACAUAUACGGCAUGCAUGGAAACGAUAAGGCAUCUAAAUUAUUGGGACCGUAUCAAAGCUCUCAACAUAUACUCUUUGGAAAGGAGUCGAGAAAGGUAUCAAAUAAUAUAUACAUGGAAGAUACUUGAAGGCCUGGUCCCAGAUUUGCACAGUAGAAUAACACCAUACUGAAGCAAAAGACACGGAAGGAAAUGCAGAAUAGAACCAAUGAA